AUGUGCAAUGGUGAAUCAGUAAAACUUGGUACUGAUAGAUGUAUAGGUAAUUGAGAUUUAAUAAUUUAGAAAGCAAUUCUUUUUAACACUAGGUUUAAAACAAUAGAUUUAAUAAAAUUGUCCUUAACAAUAUUUUAUUAUAAUUUAGUGAUGAUAUGUUGCAAUCUCAUUCAGACGAAGCUCAUUCUUAAAGUUAAACUCAGUCAACUGCAAUUCAUUUUUAAAUUCUUCUCAUACGCAUUACUUCAUUAAGUUAAAUCCUUUUUGAUUUACAAUGA